AUGUCGGUCCCUACAGGAUUCCUCAUGGUCGUUCCUGGAGCUGCUGGCUGGGGCCCAGAAGGUACCAUUUGGGACAUCUCUACUGGCUCUGGGGCCAAGCUGGUCAACAUGAGGGCCGAAUGCCAGGGCAGCAGCUGCACGGGCAUCACCGGUAACAAGGAAUCCAGUGGUAUGAUGAAACAACGAGCGGAUGGCAGUUGGUAUCUGAAUGUCACGGCCCACAUGCAACCUGAACUGUCGAUUUCGGGCCAUCUUGAUGAUACAGCUGAUCAAAGUGGCUCUCAUAAACGCUCGAAGAUUCAUGUUAACAAGCCGACUUACCCUCUAGUGGUCUCAGGGGUACCACCAUGCGGUUUGCCGAUUGCAUAUAACUGCACCGCCCGACACUUCCAAGCAGAUUAUGACCAAUGGGGAGCCUAUCAAAUGGACGGGUUCCUGAGGUCGUACUUGGCCGAGAAUGACAUCAACGACUUUAAUACCUUCAGGAAGAAGGCGAUGUACGAUUUUAUGUUUACCUCGGACGCGAAAGCGCCUGUUUGCGACAUAAGCAACCCCAAUUUCCGCUGCCCACCACCGGACCACUACGAGUGUAGUAGCCUCCCCACCAUCAACGAAACUCGAGGAUGGAUGAUGACUACAGCCAUCAUCCAAUACACCAAUUUUCUCAGCCUUUUAUAUUCGGAAGUGGAACAGAUGGAGGACUGGAUACCAGAUGAGAUUGAUGCUAUUACCGUCAAUAAUUGGGUACCUGCUGCAACAGAGAGCUGGAACAACAUCGUGAGCACUACGGCCGCUGUUUCGGGGAUCCUCGUCGCCGCUAUGAUUCUCAUCGACGCAGUAACGAGCUUCUUUUCAGAAGCUGUUGGGGGUGCCCUGAUCGCAGCAUCUGUCAUGGUACAAACUACGCUUUCUAUUGCCGGCAAUGUAGGCAACCUGCAAGACCCUGGGAACACAGACACGGAGUUCGAACAAAGCACGGAUUGGAGGAUAGGCGCCAAGAACUUGAUUGACCAAAUCGCGCAAGGUAUCUUGGCUUUGGAUACCAACCGAACCUCUCAAAACAACAUCAGCCAGAUUAUGAGCGGCGGCAAUUGGGUUAGCAAAGACGUUUCAGCAGCCUUCAACACUCCAGGCUGGUCUGCGGAGAGCACUCACUGGUUUGGGAAAGUCAUGACCGCUCAAUUCGUCACCCAAGCCAUUGCUGAAGUGGACGGCUACAUUUUGUUCAUAGCAUAUGGGGAUGACGUUCCGUACAAUGGUCAGACAUGGGGAUUCAACCAGAGCACUUGCGAAGACCACUGGGCAAAUGACCCCAGUUGGCAAUAUUACGUUGCGUGUGACAUCCCAUUCGGUCCAGGUGGUUCUCCCGGCAUGUCUCUCUUCACGCGACCUAGCAGUGAAGGUUCAGCGUCGGAGUCGUGGAUGGAAAAACCACUAGACUAUAAAGGCCAGAAGAUCACUGGAUGGGACAUCAUGGCGUCCUCAAUCUGGGGUCAGCAGGAGUUUGGGUUCAACCACACAUUCCUAGACCACAACUUCAUCAGCUGGUUAUCCGCGAAUAUCACAACCGCGGCACAUAUGUUCCGGGAUUUGGCACUCGACCAGCCUGGUCUUUUUAGUGUGCCGGUCUGUGUUGUUGACGACCUGGUUUACGUCUCAGGUGUCAAUCAAGUGAUGAGUGAUAUAGAACAAAACUUUGGUACCGGGGGGUACUAUCAUACUGACAACCCUUGUCCAUGCGCGGACUACAGUUAUACAUCGCCUGGCGGGGUAUCCGGCAAGUUCACAGAUUUCGUCUCUCAAAAAGUCCAGGACAGCUUGAAUGAUUGCAAUGUUUCGGGGGAUAUGUGGUCAGCAGACGACAUGAGUACAACCGCUUUGCCUAAUGUCUAUUAG